GCCCGAAAGCUACGGACGUUGCCAGCAUCCAUCGGCCAUCCCAGAAUCCAUCCAUCCAUCUGCCAUGGGUGAAUCUGAGCACUAUUCGACAGCCGUGUUGGGAGAGGGCCAAGAUCCCGAGUACCUGCAGUACAAGGUGUACUGAAACAUCCUCAAGAUCUGUCCAUUCCUGAUGUGAUGUGCUUGUGUGUGUGCUGAGGUGUGGUGUGUGCAGGUGAUCAUCCUGGGUGAUGGUGCGGUAGGCAAGACGUCGCUGGCGACGCGCUUCACGGAGGACCAGUUCUCCAAGUCGUACAAGCAGACCGUCGGCCUCGACUUCUUCAUCAAGGCACACGCACACGCACUCACACAGCUUCCUGGUCCACUCUGUGCUGUGUGUUCCAUCCGUCCAUCGAUUGAUCAGAGGUUGGUGCUGAAGAACGACAUCAACACUUGUCUGCAGAUAUGGGACAUCGGGGGCCAGUCCAUCGGCAGCAAAAUGAUCGGCAACUACAUCUUCGGCGCACACGCAGUGAGUGCAGUGCGAGGAAGGCGAGGCGCCGCAGGCAGGGCACCCUACCCACGGGCUCUCCCUGUGGCUCGACUCUCUGCCAAACCGUGUGUGUGUGCAGGUGGUGUUGGUGUACGACAUAACGAACAUCCAGACGUUUCAGAACUUGGACGACUGGUUCUCGCUGGUGCAGAGGACCUUCCAGGGCCAACCCAUGCCGUCAGUACCUAAUGCACACAUGACAUGACAUGCGGCCGGCCACUUCCACUUCACCUACCUACCUGUGUGUGGUGUGCAUCUAUCUGCCUGUGUGUGUGUGUGUGUUGGCGGCUGGGCUUUGUGCAGUAAGUGUGUGUUGGUUGGCAACAAGAUGGACCUGACGCACCUGCGCAGCGUCAAGACGGACAAACACAAUGAGGUCGAUAUCUUAAGACACACAGGCAGACAGACAGUCAUCAUAUCUAUCGGCAGACACACUGCUAAUUGCUAUUUCCGUGUCACUGCGUCAAGUCAGUUCGCCAUGUGCCACAGUAUGAAGUCCUACUUUGUGUCGGCCAAAACAGGCGACCAAGUACCUACCUACCGCUGCACUCAGCCAGAGACCAGAGACCACACUCUAUCAUUUGCAGGCAGGCACCAACGGGUGUGGUUCGUGUUGCCUGGCUUGGUUUGCCUUGCAGGUAGCGAGUACAUUCUAUCGCAUCGCGGCUGACCUUGCCGGUGUAGAGCUGCAGCGGCCCGAGGUGGAGGUAGCACAGAGGGCCGUCAAGGCGGAGCUCAUCAACCACCCCAGAAACGACAACACACUGCCGGAGGUAAAUGAAUGCCACACAUACGGAUGACACGACACACACACACGAGUGCACCUCACCUCACCUGCAUCCGUGUGUGUGUGUGUGCGUGUGGAUGCGUGUGGGUGGGUGUGGUGUUUGUUUGUUCAGGUGACGGCUGACACGAUAGCUAGGAGGCGGGGCAGCAGGAGGUGUAUUGUCAUGUGAGGGGAGAUUUCUCCAUGUCAUGUGUGUGUGUCCAUGUGAUGUGGUUGGUGUGCGGACCGACGUGUGAAUAUGAAGCCGACAAUGUGUGUGCG